AUGUAUAUUUCUAAACUCAAACCCAAGAAGACUAGAAAACUUCGAGGACAUGUUAGCCAUGGGCAUGGCAGAGUAGGUAAACACAGAAAGCAUCCAGGCGGACGUGGUAAUGCUGGCGGUAUGCAUCAUCACCGCAUAAACUUUGAUAAGUACCACCCUGGAUACUUUGGUAAAGUCGGUAUGCGACAUUACCACUUAAAGCGAAAUCCUUAUUACUGCCCUACAAUUAAUCUCGACAAGAUCUGGUCCCUUGUUUCAGAUGACACGUAUCACUUCUUUAAAAAUGAUAAGCAGGGUCGUGCCCCAGUUAUUGAUUGCGUUCAAAAGGGAUACUUCAAGGUUCUUGGUAAAGGAGUACUUCCAAAAGUACCUGUAAUUGUGAAGGCGCGCUUCUUUUCCAGGCGUGCUGAAGAGCGGAUAAAAGCGGUUGGUGGUGCUUGUGUUCUUAGGGCGUAA